AUGGAUACAUCGUAUUCGCUGCCGUCGUCGGCCCUGCCGCACGCACACCGGGCUCACACUCGCUCGCAGCCGCCGUCGCUGAACAACACCUGGCGGAUGACUGUGUCGAGCGACAGUCUGCCCUCCCAACUUGAAGACGACGAGGACGGAGAUCACGAUCACGGCCACGACCACGAUCACGGCCACUCGCAUUCCCACCUACACUCAAAGGGAUAUUCACACUCGCCACCGCCGCUGUCUCCCUCAUUCUUGCAUGCGCAUUCUUACAGCUUGCCAAACCAUGGCCGCAGUGGCUCGCAAGUCUCCAACGCAAGCUCUACUAUGGUGCUAGAGAAGUCGUUGGUAGGAGGCAUGGAGAGUCGGUCUCAAGGGAGGAGAAGCCGCUAUACACCGGAAGGCAUUGACGAAACCGCACACAAUCAUAACCACAGCCACAGUCACACCCAUAACCAUGACCAUGGCCACGAUCAUGGCCACGACCACGACCACGAACAUAAUCAUAAACACGACAAGCAUUUCCACUCGCAACUUCACUCCCAUUCUCACUCCCACUCCCACUCUCAUGACCACAGCCACAGCCACGAUCACGAUCAUCACCAUGGUCAUGACCAUAGCCAUGUCGUUGGUAUCAGUACUGGACAUAAUCACGGCUCUGAGCGUUCUCUCUUCACGAGGACUAUCCUUCCAUACACGGUUGGAUGGCCCAUUUUAUACUCUAUACUUGCCGAGAAGGACUCGAGGCGUAUUUUUUACUUCAUGACGCUCAAUUUUGGCUUCAUGAUUAUCCAGGCCUUCUAUGGCUACGUUACCGAUUCACUAGGCCUCCUUAGUGACAGCAUUCAUAUGUUUUUCGACUGCGUUGCGUUGCUUGUGGGUUUACUGGCGGCUGUCAUGAGCAAAUGGCCAAAGAGCCAGCGAUUCCCGUAUGGCUUUGGCAAAGUCGAAACGCUGAGUGGUUUCGCCAACGGUAUCCUCUUAAUGCUACUGAGUGUUGAAAUUGCUUUUGAGGCGUUUGAGCGACUAUGGGAGGGAACGCAAACGAAGCGUCUCGGCGAACUCUUUGUGGUUAGUAGUCUGGGCCUGGCUGUGAACUUGGUCGGUAUGAUGGCGUUUGGACAUCACCACCACGGUCAUGAUAACGGCCACUCUCACGGUCAUUCUCAUGGUCACGACCACGGCGAGAAGCAUGAUCACGGCGGCGAUUCGCACUCGGGCCACAGUCACAGUCACGGACACGACCAUGGCCACGGCCACGGCCAUGACCAUGAUAACGAAAAUAUGCGAGGUAUUUACCUGCAUGUUCUGGCGGAUACGUUGGGUAGUGUCUCGGUCAUUGUAUCUACAAUAUUGACAAGCUUCUGGGGCUGGUCUGGAUGGGAUCCGCUAGCUUCUUGCUUCAUCGCGACGCUCAUCUUUCUAUCUGCGCAGCCGCUUGUGUUCUCAGCCGCGAAGCGCCUGCUCCUCACUGUCCCUGAGGGAGUCGAGUACAAUCUGCGGAAUAUCCUUGCCGGUAUCGGGCAACAACGAGGCGUUGUCAGCUAUUCUACGCCGAAGUUUUGGAUGGACGACCAUGGAGGUGAGAAGCUGUUGGGUAUCGUGCAUGUCACAGUGGCUCGUGGCGCCGCUCUGGAGGACACCAAAGAUCGUGUUCGAGAGUACCUGCUCAAGGAGGGCAUUGACGCCGUCAUACAAGUGGAAAGAGAUGGGGAUAAUGGGUGCUGGUGCACUCGAGGGCGAGCUUUGCUAUGCGGCGUCAUCUUCAACAUCAAUCGGAUAAGGACCCGCGAUGAGCCGCGGAGCUCUGCCUGGGGCAAUACUUUUACCAGCCGGCACAAGGGCUGGGACUGGGUAGCAGUAUCGGCCUUUGAUGAAGAUGAUUGUCCUGACGGGGGCUGUUCUUCUGUGUACCGCGGAAGGCCGGGCUGGGAACGGAGGAUUCACCCACGCUUAUAUGAAGAUGACCCGGAUGAUGCUACAUAUGCAAAUGAGAGUGACGAUGAAGACGACGACGAGCCCUUGGAGUAUGACUCGAAUGCAGAAGAUGAUGAUGACGCAACUGGUGAGAUAACUGAAGAGGAGGCCGGGGCAAGAUUUUCUCAAAAUGAAGAGUCAGAUACGGAAGAUGGCAGGUUGAUUUUUGACACCAAGGGACUCGACGUGCAAGAAUACGACUCCCAAUUCCUGUCCUUAUCAGCGCCCUACGACGAACACGGCGCAGUCAAGGACGAGGACAUGGAGAGCGACAGACACAUCAUGGCCCUCCCCGCCGCUCGCAAGUACGAGCACAUUGCCGGCCCGGGCUGUCUCAACACCCGCGGCUUCCACGGCGACAUGAUUAGCGUGGAGGAGAUGAUGGACUGCCAGACCGUGCAGGGCAUCUUUCGGAAACCGGAAGAUUGGACGCCGCGGGAGGACGACAUGGAUUUCGAGAGGAUAUCAACACAUUAUGCGCUUACGGGAUUGUCGGAUUUUAUGCCUGCUUCGGGGGCGGGACUGCGAUGUGCGCCGCAUCGGGGCGAGGCGGAUCAGUGCGAUGCGACGAAUGACAGUGAUCUUUGGUGCAUGUCGCAUCAGUGGACGAGCCGUGUACUUCCCUUCCAUCCUACCUGCUUUGAGCUCUUCAUCCGCAUCAGCAAACUUCGCAUGGGUCAAGUCCGUCUCGACCCGCUGAUUCGUCUCGAAAGCAAUUCUCGGAAUGAUGUGUUUGGCGAGCGACAUCCUGACGUUCGAGAUGCAAAGAGCGACGGCUGGCAUUGGAACUGCAUACCUGGCUCGGAGUAUCUCGUUGCGAAUCCCGUAUUUGUGCCUGGCUUGAAGGGCAUCUUUGAGGCUUCUAUGGUGAACGGGGAGGGUUUCAAUGUUCGGCAUAGUCCAUUUCAGGAUGUGCUGCUGGAAAAGGAAAAUGUCGGUCGUGAAGCACAGGAUCCGUUUUUGAUGCUGCCGGCGGAACUGAGGGAGGCAGUUGUGUGGGAUCUCGACUCUAAGGAGAUUGCUAGUUUACGAUUGGCAUCUCGGGCUUUCUAUCAUCUCCCUAUGUCGUUAUGGCAUCGGCUGAUGGUGCGGGAGAUGCCCUGGAUAUACGAAGCUUGGUGCGAGGAUCCUACUCCGUACCACUGGGCCAUGGCCAACGCAUCGGAUUUGAAACAAAUACGAGAGCAAAGAGAAGCAUACACCAUCGAACGACGUCGCAGGGCGGAAAUUCUUCAGGAUCAUGAUGCCGAGCUUUAUGCAGCCUGGGAAGCCAACGAGCCCAAGAGUCCUCCUUGGUUCGACACGCCCGAAUUUCAAGCCCAGUUGCAGCAAUCCGCAGAUAUCAAGAGAGCCAUGGCGCCUGUUAAACUUGUCAGAGAGAGGACGAAUUGGUACCGUUUGUAUACGGAUAUCAAAGCGAAUGAGAUGACGGUAAAGGGACUACGCAACAGGAAGAGGAUAUGGAUGAAUGUGGAGCAUGUUGUGGCGGAAGUUGAGAAGGAGUGGGAGAAGGAAGUGCGGGAGAAGCAUGUGGCUUUGACGGGUUUUAUGGGGGAGACGCUUGAGUCUUUGCAUCUUUGA